AUGGCGUCCACGCCCUCCCUCACCCUCCUCCUCGCUCUUCUGCUGCCCCUCAUCCCUCUCGCCGUCGCAGCUCCGGAGAAGCACCUCGUGACCCACCUCCCGGGCUUCGGCGGCGCCCUCCCAUCCAAACACUACGCCGGGUACAUAACCGUGGACGAGAGCAAUGGCAGGAGUCUGUUCUACUACCUGGUGCUGUCGGAGCGUGAUCCGGCCAUCGACCCCGUCGUGCUCUGGCUCAACGGCGGCCCCGGCUGCUCCAGCUUCGACGGAUUCGUCUACGAGAACGGUCCCUUCAACUUCGAGCGCGGAAGCACUCCCGGAGGGCUGCCCAAGCUGCAGCUCAAUCCCUACAGUUGGUCAAAGGUUUCAAGCAUGAUGUACCUGGACUCCCCUGCUGGUGUUGGGAUGUCAUACUCAUUGAACAAAUCGGAUUACAAAACAGGUGACUUGAAAACCGCAGCCGAUGCGCAUAUCUUCCUUUUGAAGUGGUUCGAGUUAUACCCGGAGUUUCAGUUGAACCCAUUCUACAUUUCCGGAGAGUCAUACGCAGGGAUAUACAUUCCUACACUAGCUGAUGAAGUUGUUAAAGGGAUACAGAUGGCUCUGAAGCCAAGAAUCAAUUUGAAGGGCUAUCUAAUUGGUAAUGGAGCAACCGACGCAGACUACGAUUUAAACUCUUUUGUGCCGUUUGCACAUGGAAUGGGUCUCAUAUCAACUGACUUGUUUGAGGAUGUCAGUGCUGCUUGCCACGGCACAUUCUGGGGAAAAGUUAAUGAUGUGUGCCAAGAAAAUAUAGAUAGAGUCCGCUGGGAACUGAAAGACCUGAACACGUACAACAUUCUUGCACCAUGCUACCACCACCCUGAAGUCCAAGAGACAGCGUUCGUGAACAGCAGCUUGCCAUCAAGCUUCAGAAAGCUAGGUGAAACAGAGAGGCCUUUCCCAGUGAGGAAGAGGAUGGCGGGGCUUUCAUGGCCUCUCGGUCUUCCUGUGAGCAGCGGACAUGUCACGUUGUGGCCCGAGCUUGGCGGUAGAUCACUUCCAUGCACGAGUGAUGAACUUGCUACUAUAUGGCUGGAUGAUGAAGAUGUAAGAGCUGCCAUUCACGCCAAAGCGAAAAGCUUAAUUGGAUCAUGGGAAUUGAAUACUGCAAGAAUAGACUACACUCAUGAUACAGGCAGCAUGGUGGAGUAUCACAAAAAAUUCACAGCCAUGGGAUAUCGCGUACUUAUUUACAGUGGAGAUCAUGAUCUGUGUAUCCCUUUCACUGGAACGGAGGCAUGGGUCAGAUCAUUAGGCUACCGAGUUGUCGAUUCAUGGCGCCCAUGGCACUUUGGGGGUCAAGUUGCUGGGGAUCUGGACACACUGUUCCUGAGUACAAGCCUAAAGAAUCGCUGGCAUUCUACACCCACUGGCUGUUUGGAGAAAAGAUCUAAAAUUGAUCUAAAUGAAACAAUCAAAUUUUGUAGACAUGCAUCUUAUUUUUUUUUCCUAGCUGUUUUUAUUGUAGAUUUUGAUAAAGACUGUACCUGUACCUGUACCUGUUUUCAGUGUGAAACACAAUAA